CGACACUCCAACAAUUCAAUCCAUCCACCAACCUCAUCCCUAAUAAGAAAUCAAGAUAUCAGAAAAUGCCACCAAUCCUCAUCCUCGACGGCGGCCUCGGAACCACCCUCCAACUCGCCCCGCACAACAUCACCUUCACCCCCGAAACGCCCCUCUGGUCAUCGCACCUCCUCCUCUCCUCCCCCUCCACCCUCAACGCCGUCCACCGCGCCUUCGUCUCCUCCGGCGCCGACAUCCUCCUCACAGCAACCUACCAAACCAGCUUCGAGGGAUUCACACGUACAGAUGAGAAGCUCACCCACGCCGAUGCAGGGCGAUACAUGCGCUCCGCCGUCUCUCUCGCGCGCGUUGCGUUUGGCAGUGAUCGCCCCGCCCGCGUCGCGUUAUCGCUCGGUCCGUACGGCGCGACCAUGGUUCCUGUUUCGGCGGAAUAUUCGGGGCUAUAUCCUGCUGGGAUGAAUGGUGAGGGGCCGUUGAGGGAGUGGCAUACGGCAAGGUUGGGCGUGUUCGCGGAGGAUAAGGCGACGUGGGAGGGGCUGGAAUAUAUUGCGUUUGAGACGGUGAAGAGAGCGGAUGAAGUGAGGGCGAUUCGUGGGACGAUGCAGGAGGUGUUGUCGAUUGCGUCGAGAAAGCCGUGGUGGAUUUGUGGUGUUUUCCCGGAUGAAGAAGUGAAGGAGGAGGAUAUCCGGGAGUGGGUGCAGGCGGCGGUUGGCGGGGAUGUCUCGCCCCGUCCGUGGGGAAUUGGCGUGAAUUGUUCUAAGAUCAGCAAUCUCGGACGGAUCGUGGAUAUCAUGCAGGAUGAGGUGACGAGGUUGAGUGCUGCAGGACAGUUUGUUGAUGAGUGGAGUGCUACCUCUGGACGGCCGUGGUUGGUGCUGUAUCCUGAUGGAACGCGGGGAGAGCGAUACGAUCCUGUUUCGAAGGAAUGGGUGAAGACUGGCGAUGAUACGCAGACAAAGCCGUGGGAGCAUGUGUUUUGCGAUGUCGUCAAGGAUAUCAAGGAGGGUGAAUGGGAGGGCGUCAUUAUGGGUGGAUGCUGUCGGACAGGGCCAAAGGAGAUUGCGGCAUUGAAGCAGCAGGUGGAGGAGAGCAUCACUGUAUAGUUUGUAUACAUAUUAAAAAAC